CUGUAUAACACAGCAACUACAAUAAGUCUAUACAGUAACAGCCUCUAUAUUUCAAGCCAGUAGUAGAGUUUCAACAGUGAAUUAUGGAACCAAACACUGCCUACAAUAUUGUGCAUGCUAGCAACAGAAGAGAAAAAGAAACACAAGACACUGCUUACAAUAACGACGAAAUUUCUCAAGAUGAGAGAUAUUCCUCCCAAGAUAAUGGCUACAGUGUCGUUGAGAACAAUGGGAGAGAAACGUUCGCAUCAAAAAUUAACACAGCCUAUGCAAUAAGCGGAGAAACGAAUAUAACAGAAAGUAAUUCCACCUCCAAUGUUCUGAGCAAUACAAAGAAAAAAAGGAAAGGAUGUGCUAAAAAGUGGUUUGCAAUUUUUGCCGUCGUAGCUUUUGUUCUGUCUCUGUUAGUAGCUGUGGCAGCACUGGUGUACACCAAUAUAGAGUUGAAAAACCAGGAAGAUCAGUCAAUGAGGGAACAAAUAAAUAACCAAUCCAGCACAAUUGAGUCUUUUAAUCUUGGAACAAUCAACAAUCCAGCAAGCUCUUGUAGUGAUAUCUCUCAAGACCGACCAUCUGGAGAAUACUGGAUGGCCCCUCACACUAGUUCUCGUGCUCGGGUCUACUGUGACAUGAAUCGAACAAGCUGUAGCUGCAACACUGCAAGAGGAUGGAUGAGGGUAGCCAACCUCGACAUGACCGAUCUCAACCAAAACUGCCCAGCUGAAUUGAGACUGGUAACCAGGACAACACCACCAUUGCGUACUUGUGGCCGAAUGGAAGGACGAGCAGUGUGUACUUCCACUAUCUUUCCAACUUAUGGGGUGGAGUACUCAAACGUUUGUGGUCGAAUCAUUGCAUAUCAAAGUAGUACUCCGGAUGCUUUCACUCCAUAUUUCAAUAACAGAGCUUUAUCUAUUGAUGAUGUUUACGUUGAUGGUGUGAGCCUAACCCAUGGACAGUCGCCUCGUCAGCACAUCUGGACAUUCGCUAAUGCAAUCGAUGAAAUUCAAUCCGAUGCCGAGGUUUGUCCCUGCACACAACCUGACCUCCCCUACACUGGAGUUGUACCUCCCUUCAUCGGUCAAGACUACUUUUGUGAAACUGGAAGUCGACAAGCAUUUCGUCAUAAUACCUUUUACACUGAUGAUCCACUCUGGGAUGGUCAGGGAUGCGGGGGUACCAGUACUUGCUGUGAGUUCAACAAUCCACCGUGGUUCUGCAAGCAACUCCCUCAACCAACUACAGAUAAUAUCGAGUUGAGGCUUUGUUCUGAUCAAGACAUUGAUGAUGAAGAGACACCUAUUGAGAUAAUAGAGAUGUACAUACGCUAAAAUAGACAUAUCAAAUCCUAGAACUGAAACUUAAUAAAUAUUCUGUACAGCCGUUUGUGAGGCAUAUACAUGUACAAUGUACUGUAAUCUCAAAUUUGAAUGAUCAUAACUUGAUGAG